AUGGAGGGCAGUGAGGGGGAUAGAAGGGGUGGAGGGCUGUGGGGGGAUUGGAGGGCAGCACACAGGUCAAAAGGGCCGAAUGGCCUGUUUCGUGGUAAAGGCUGGAAACGCCCAGCGGGUCGGACAGCCUCUGCGGACGGAGAAACGGGGUGGGGCGGGCGGAGGCCGGGCGGCCGGGCGGGAGGCGGCGCUGCGGGCGGAGGCCGGGCGGCCGGGCGGGAGGCGGCGCUGCGGGCGGAGGCCGGGCGGCCGGGCGGGAGGCGGCGCUGCGGGCGGAGGCCGGGCGGGAGGCGGCGCUGCGGGCGGAGGCCGGGCGGCCGGGCGGGAGGCGGCGCUGCGGGCGGAGGCCGGGCGGGAGGCGGCGCUGCGGGCGGAGGCCGGGCGGCCGGGCGGGGGUGCGAAGGGCAGCCGCUGUUUUGCGGCUCGGGCUGA